AUGAACGACCCCAACUCCGCUGAAUACGACUUGCUGCACGUCGGCGGCAAUUACAAUCACCACGGACUGCUUCACCAGCACCAACAACCUUUGACCAGUCCCGCUGAAUACGAAGACCCCUCUCUGCUGUUGCCUGGACUAAUCGAUACUCACUUCGCCGAUGCGGUCCCACCUACCUCCUACUACGGGGGACCCGUUUCUUGCGCUCAAGUGGCCCCGGCUUCGUGGCUCACGCCCCUGCCAACGGCGGUGACGAUGGAUGCUAGGGGCGCAGCUGUCUCCACAGACGCCUAUCACUCCUACAUUCUGGACCAGCCCACCUUCAGAUACGACAGCCUCGUGGAUCCCAAUGCCACGUACUAUCAACCGAUGUCGGAACCGAUGGCCUACCACUGCGGCAACGAUGUGCUAAUCGAAUCUCAAGAGAAUUAUGCUAAAAAACUGACUCCGGAAACAGCGGUAUCCGACGAUGCUGAAAUUCUAUUGGCCACAGGGUUUGCGGAUGCCUCAGAGGUCAGGUCAAGGUCGAGGUCACGUCGCCGGCGAGUUCCUCAUCUGGUGAAGGGUGGAGGAGGCGCCUGCGACACCUCGCAGGCGGACCUGAUGCAGUCCUUUGAAAUAAAAAUGGACGAAAGACCACAUUCGGCAGCGUCUGCAGUCGCCUCUACCGUCAUCAACACCUCCACCAUCACCACCUCCUCCGCCUCCUGCUUGCCUGUCUCCAGCUGCCUCAUUUGUGGUGACAAAGCCACAGGUCGUGGCUCGAGGUGGCUUUAUGUGUUCUACCGACUACCACAUGGUGUGGAGUCCAGUUACUUCCAGGAGAACUUACCGACGCUCAGCGUGGAUGUGCGUCGGUGGACGGCUGCAGUGAAACACGACUCUUAA